AUGAAGAUUGGUUUCACGUUAAUUGUCAGUGUUUUAGUUGUUUUUGCUGCAAUUUGUUUUCAUGCAAGUUUAGUGGGUGCAGCCAGGCAUGCUCCGCCAGACUCAGCUCCAGAGCCGGUUGAUGCACCUGAACUAAAGUCACAACCUCGAGGGCUUGUCUUUGAUGUCACUCACCAUGGCGCUGUAGACGACGGAGAUACAGAGAGUGGCUCGGGAUUCUUAGCAGCAUGGAAGGCUGCUUGUGAUCAUGGUGAGAGAGCGACUUUCUAUGUACCGGAAGGUAAAUACCAUGUCGGUCCAGUUGAAUUCUCCGGCCCUUGCAAGAACAAUCAGUCUCCAAAGAUAGUGAUUAGAGGGAAUCUGAUCGCUCCUAGUAAACUCCAAUCGUUCCCGUCUAAAACUUGGAUUCAAUUCAGUCACUUGAACGGAUUCAGUAUAACCGGAGAACUUGACAGGACCAACUUUGAUGCACGAGGAGCGGUUGAAGCCUGGAAACAACACAGCUGCCAACACUCUUCCCGUUGCAAAACCUUAAUCCCAGUAAGUAUUGCUUCUGCACAUCAUGUCGCUGAAAUUCGAUCAUGUUUCACACGGGACGAUCAGAAAUAUUUCAUUGUCAAACGCCAAGGGGUUCCAUCUGGUAAUUCAUGA